UUCAAAAGAGGAAAUACUUAACCCAAUCUGGAAAAAACAUUUUAUUUCUGGUUCCUUUGAAAAUUCCAGACAACUUCUUCCAGACUGUGGGUUUUUUUUAACAGCAGCUUGCCAACCUCUUGCAAUAACAUUAGCAGUCUCAGAAAAAAACCUUUCAAAGAAAAUCAAUUGCUGAAAGACCCUAACGCUGCUUAGAAAAGUUGCAAAAUGAAGUUUUAUGCCGUUUUGUUGUUUGCCUUUUUCACCGUGUUACUUUUACAAAUGGGCGAUUGCCAAAAGAAGGAGAAAAGGACCCCACAACAAAUCAAGAAAAAUAAACAGAAUAAAAUUAGAGUAGUAAAUAGAAAUAAUGCAGCAAGGGGUCGAAAGCUGAAAAAGAAGAGAAUGUUUCUUGACAGGGACCUGAAGCCCACCUUCAUAAUGACACAAGUUUUGGAUAAGGGCCGAUUCCAGAAACCAAAAGAGACAUUGAAUCUAACCGUGGGGCAGUCUAUUGAACUGCGCUGUAAAGGGGAUAACAUUGGCUGGGCUUAUCCAUCCUACCAAAACAUCUCUAGGUUAAGUAUAAUACAGCACCAAAAGUACAGUCAGUUAAGACUUGGCAACGCAAGGACCACGGACACUGGGGAGUACAGCUGCUGGGGAAGACUCUGUGAUGGGCUGGAGUGCAGCAAAGAUGACCUGAAAAUGGGCAAAACAUACAUCUUCUUCACAGAUCCAGCUGAACUAUUUGUGCCAUCUAUCAAUUAUUUUGAUAUAAUCUACCUUCGAUCUGAUCAACCUGCAAUAAUCCCUUGUCGAGUUAGCACACCUUUGGCUCAUGUUACACUGCAUCGAGAAUUCCCUCCUCAAGAAAUUCCUGCCAAUGGAUCGCUCAUUAGCUAUGAUGCAAAGAAAGGAUUUAUUAUUCACCGGCCCAAUCUCGAACAGAAGGGAGUCCUACACUGUGUGGCAAACCUGAAAGGAACUCUGCAGACCUCAAGCAAUUACCUGCUCCUUUAUGCUGAAGCUUUCCGUGGCCCUCCAUCUGCAACUAUAGAGGCUUCAUCAAACACAGUGAGUGGUGGGGAACAUGUCAAUGUGACCUGCACUGCUCUGGGAAACCCAGACCUACUUGUGGACUUCACUUGGAAAUAUCCAGGGCAGCAGGAUGAAAGGCCAGUGAUCAUCACGAACAGCUGGAGGUUAAUAGAUCAACAAAAUGGACACACUAUCAGAUUAUCAAAGAGUAUGCUAUAUAUUGAUGACAUUGAAAUAAUUGAUGUAGGUGAUUAUAUCUGCACCGCUCAGAAUGUGAUGGGUGACACAACAGUGGCCACGGCAGUGUUUUUUCCUUGGUAACAUUUUCUUCGUUGGAAGAUUCAAUCCAACUCCAGCUGGACUGUGUGUGAAGAAGGGCUGCGUGCCAGGCUGUGCUGGAUCCUAUUUCUAAAGUAAAUUCUUGCGCCAAAUAUUAGUUUCUCCUCUCACUGCUGUAUCAUGAUAUAUUGCAGAGACAGGAUUCCAGUUUGUAAAAGAUGAUCACAUUUAGCAUCAGUUAUUUGCAACAUGAGCUUUCAUACAAACUCCUUCACCUCUAAACAAGUACUUUAGGACCACAGAUGUCUUAAGCACAGGAAUUCACAGGAGGGACCUUUAAUAACAUAAAAGAACAAGGUAGAUUUCAAAAAACAGCACAAAGUGCUGGAGUAACUCAGCGGCUCAGGCAGCAUCCCUGGAGAAUAUGGGUAGGUGACGUUUUGGGUUGGCAUCCUUCUUCAGUCUAAAGCAGGGCGUCUCCAAACUAUGGCCCGCGAGCCACAUCCGGCCAGCCACGAGAAUUUAUCCGGCCCGCAGCAAGCUCUUAACACAUUCCCUGCGGCAGGCUAUUUAGCGGGUUCUGUGGUAGCGGGGGAACUUACACGUCAGUUUGCCGUAGGCUAUCAAGUUGUGGGUUUGUGUGCAGCUGCUGACAGGUUACCGUCGAUGGCCUCGGGGAGACAGUGAAGAUCGGCGACAACGGUGGCCCCAGUGAGUGUGUGUGUGUGUGUGUGUGUGUGUGUGUGUGUGUGUGUGUGUGUGUGUGUGUGUGUGUGUGUGUGUGUGUGUGUGUGUGUGUGUGUGUGAGUGUG